GAAAUAUCAAUUUCACUAUUUUCUUUCACAGUAAAGCGAAUUUCUCAACAUAAAACCCAAAAUUCUCAGUUCUAAGUUCAAUUCGACAGGGAGAGAUGAAGAGGAAUGGAGAUGACGUCGUAGAGAAGCUUGAUGGGGUGAAGAAGCCUGUAUUUCUGACAAAAACUGAGCGAGAACAGCUUGCCCUUCGACGCCGCCAAGAGGAAAUCGCUCAACAAAAACGCAAAGCCGAACUUUUCCUACAAAGCAACAAUGACGCUAAACCCCUUUCUUCUUCCGAACGGGACCGGGAUCGGGAUCGCGACCGGGAUUUGGACCGCCGGUCUUCGCGUGACCAUGGUAGCGAAAGAGAAAGAGAAAGAGAAAGGGAUAGGGAUAUGGAGCGAAGGAAUAGAGAGAAAGAGCGCGAUGAAGAGCAGAAGGCACGUGAGCGUGCUCGAUUGGAGAAAUUGGCCGAGCGAGAGCGUGAAGUGGAAUUGGCUGCUAUUAAGGAACAGUAUUUGGGGUCUAAAAAACCUAAGAAGCGGGUGAUUAAACCUAGCGAGAAGUUCCGGUUCUCUUUCGAUUGGGAGAAUACUGAGGACACUUCUCGGGAUAUGAACUCGCUGUAUCAGAAUCCUCAUGAAGCUAGGCUACUAUUUGGUCGAGGACUUCGUGCAGGAAUGGAUCGAAGGGAGCAGAAAAAGCUUGCGGCUAAGAAUGAGAAGGAGAUUCGUGAGGAGGUUAGGAAGAAAGAGGGUGUUGAGGAGACCCGAGAGGAAGCUGCUGCACAAAAGAAGAAGGAGAAGGCUGCUGACUUGUAUGAUACUUUUGAUAUGAGGGUGGAUCGCCAUUGGUCUGAGAAGAAGCUUGAGGAGAUGACUGAGAGAGACUGGAGAAUUUUUAGGGAAGAUUUUAAUAUUUCUUACAAGGGUUCGAAAAUUCCUCGCCCUAUGAGGAGCUGGAUUGAGAGCAAGUUGAGUUCCGAGUUGUUGAAGGCAGUGGAGAGGGCUGGCUAUAAGACUCCAUCGCCAAUUCAGAUGGCUGCCAUUCCUCUUGGGCUGCAGCAGCGUGACGUGAUUGGUGUUGCUGAGACUGGUUCAGGUAAAACUGCUGCCUUUGUUCUUCCCAUGUUAACUUACAUUACCCGACUUCCUCCUAUGACCGAAGAGAAUGAGGCUGAGGGGCCUUAUGCAGUUGUGAUGGCACCUACUAGAGAGCUUGCUCAGCAAAUUGAGGAGGAGACUGUAAAGUUCGCUCAUUAUCUGGGUAUUAAGGUUGUUUCUAUUGUUGGUGGGCAGUCCAUUGAAGAACAAGGUUUUAGGAUUAGGCAAGGGUGUGAGGUUGUGAUUGCAACGCCUGGACGUCUUCUUGAUUGCUUGGAGAGGCGGUAUGCGGUUCUUAAUCAGUGUCACUAUGUAGUUCUUGAUGAGGCUGAUAGAAUGAUUGAUAUGGGUUUUGAACCUCAAGUUGUGGGAUUACUGGAUGCAAUGCCUUCAAGUAACUUGAAACCAGAGAAUGAGGAAGAAGAGCUUGAUGAGAACAAGAUUUAUAGAACGACCUACAUGUUUAGUGCUACCAUGCCGCCUGCUGUGGAGCGGCUGGCAAGGAAGUACUUGAGAAAUCCUGUUGUUGUUACCAUAGGCACUGCAGGAAAGACAACUGAUCUCAUUACUCAACAUGUUAUCAUGAUGAAGGAGAAUGAUAAACAGGGUAGGUUGAAGAAAUUCCUGGAUGAGCUUGGGGAUAAGACAGCUAUUGUGUUUGUUAACACAAAGAAGGUUGCUGAUAAUGUAACCAAAAACUUGGAUAAGGAGGGCUAUCGUGUGACUACAUUGCAUGGGGGGAAGUCGCAAGAGCAGCGAGAAAUAAGCCUCGAGGGAUUUAGAACUAAGAGAUACAAUGUUUUGGUCGCCACUGAUGUAGUAGGUCGUGGUAUUGAUAUACAUGAUGUGGCACACGUCAUAAAUCAUGAUAUGCCUGGUAAUAUUGAAGCUUACACCCAUCGUAUUGGGAGAACAGGGCGUGCAGGGAAGACUGGUGUUGCCACCACAUUCUUGACUUUGCAUGAUACUGAUGUCUUCUACGAUCUGAAGCAAAUGCUUAUACAGAGCAACAGUCCUGUGCCUCCAGAGCUUGCCAGACACGAGGCUUCAAAGUUUAAGCCUGGUAGUAUUCCUGACCGACCAGCCAGAAGGAAUGACAUGGUUUUCGCUCAUUGAUGCAGCAAUCUGGCCAUAUUUUCCUGCAGUGAUUUGAAGAUCUCUAAUUUUUUGUUGUGGGAAAUGAAUGGGUGAUAAUGGCCGUUAAUAACAAUACAAACUACUGGUGCUUCAACAUCCAGGAAAUGGUAUCUACACUUUAGCACGCCUAAAGAAGUUGUAAUGAAGAGCUUUAUGAUCCCAGUAAAACAAUUUAGAAGAGGAUGAAAGUUAUUAAGAUUAACCUGUUUGAUGUGGUUGCCAAAUAUUUGAUUCUGUUUGAUGCAUCAAUAGAUGUAUGUGGUGGAUGAAUAGAGUUGCCAAAAAGAACUAUUGUAGCCGAUUCCAAGAUUACUGGUCGUAGAGCUUAUAUAGCACCCUCUUUGUCUUUUGGGAAAUAAUGAUUCGUUUGUUUGUAUUGUUGUAACGAUAGUAUUAAUGGUAGAUUCGAUAAUCUUUUCAAGAUAUCUGGCGUUGAUAUUCUAAUGAUAAAUCUGUCUUUAUUGAUUUUUUUGCGCAUGUUACAUGUCAGAUGGACGGCUAGCAAAUAUGCUUAUGAAAUGUAUUACUAUUUGUGGA